AUGUAUGUAGGUCGUUUCUCAGUACUAUUUGGCCUCCUGUUAUUCAUAUACUUUUACCAUCGCCGCGCGCAACAAGAAAGACGAAGACAAGCUCGAUUAUCAGCUACGCGAGGUGGCGUGCCUGUCCAAGAUAAUAGAAAUAGACGGUCGAAGCGUGUUGGUGUUGACGCACGGUUUUUGGCACAGGUUAAAAAGUUGCUUCCUAUUUGCAUACCAGGCAUUGCUAGUAAAGAAUCCGCUUUACUUGUCAGUUUAGCAGUUGUGCUCAUAUGUAGAACUGCACUUGAUAUUUGGUUUUCAGGAUUCAAUGGACACGUAGUAAAAGCCAUUGUCUCUCGUGAUCGCAGAAAUUUUAUCGCUUUGGCAGUGGUCGAAUUUGGCUUCAUGAUGUGGCCAAUGAGUAUAGUGAAUAAUUCUCUAAAAUUAUGUAUUAGUGCUUUAGCUUUGUCAUUCCGUUCUCGUCUGACUCGGUACGCGCAUGAACAAUACCUCAAAGGUAUAACAUUCUACAAGGUUUCAAAUCUUGAUAAUCGAAUUCAGAAUGCUGAUCAAUUAUUGACACAGGACAUUGAUAAAUUCGCGGAAAAUUUGAGUCACUUGUAUUCGGAUAUUGCUAAACCGUUAGUCGAUAUCGUGUUAUUUGCGUAUAAAUUGGGCGAAGCCAUGUAUGUUGAUCAG